AUGUUUCUCAAAAUAUUUAUCAUCACAAGGCUUCUGGCUCAGAGCAUCUGGGCUGCUCAGACGGUUUUGCGAUUUGGAUGUUCACAAAUUGUUGUUGAACGCCUUGACCCGUGAGUGUCUCAAUCCAAAGUGAAAGGCUUGACGCUGAUUGCUAGAUGUAGACUAGUAAAUCCCGGAACGAACCAUUCUCCACAUGUUCAUCAGGUAUGUGGAUUAGGGUUGUCGAAUCUAAAUUUAGAUUUACUAAAUCUAAUUUAUAAACCCGUAAAUUAGCCUAAUUUAUUUUUUGGCAUCUAAUUUAUAAUCUUAGUAUAGUUUUAGUAGUAUAAAUAUAGAUAGAAUUUACUAGAAAGACUACUGAAAAUAUAUAUAGAAGAGUACUUAAUUUAUAGAAUUAUUAAUAAAGGGGGUGGACAGUUAAUGCUGGACACUGUUACGUAGAUCAUAUGUGAAAAAAGUCUAUAUCUUGUAAAUCCGAGUCUUUAAUUGGCUGGUUUAGCUAAAAGGCGCGGCGGAGACGUACUAUGAUUAGCGAUAGUGUCUAGCAUUAACUGUCCACCCCCUUUACUAAACCUCUUCUUUGUUAAUCUUAAUAUUACUUAUACCCUUAUUAGAUUUAUUGUCUUCUUCUUCUAUUUGUAUAAGUACUCUCCUAAGUUUAAUAAGUCUUUCGUCUAUAAAGGUUAACGAUACUAGGAAUUUAGUAUUACAGCGCCGCCGGAUAUUAGGAUAUUCCGCCCCGAGAUCACAUUUCAGGUCAUGUGACGCAUAUAAUUAGAAUCUAAUUUAUUAUUGCCUAAACGCCUAAUUUACUAAUUAUUUCUAAUUUAUAUAAAUUAGACCUAAAUGCCCAACGCUAAUGUGGAUAUGACCCAAAGACUCAACACUCUCUUGGCAAACUGGCAGCACACUGACCAUAUCUCUUAGGUAACUGGAGGAGUGAGUUGCAAACCACACCUCUCAAAUAUCCGACUAGAUUACUGAUGUACGGCAGAAUGCUUUUAGCGCUAGUGUCGCAAGCUCCGAUGUCUUCAAAAUUGCCAACUGCACCACUUGUAGUUUUAGCGAGGAUCUGUCCAACUACUGGAAUGCAAAUCUCUACUUCAAAGCGCGUAACGGAACAUACAAGCGUGUUCCUCAAGUUCCAAAUCGUGGACUCACAGGGGAAGUCGGCGGUAUGACAGUAUACUACACUUCGCCAUAUGAUGGCUCCAAAGUGACCGCUUUCAAGCCGGUAUGACUCCCCUACGUCAACCUCAACUCUCAAUCCCAACCAUCAAAUUAACACUAUCAGGGCUUCCAAAUGCUCGCCGGUCACGCAGAACAGAGAGUACCUGGUGGGGUUACGCAGUGGAAUGCUAUCUGUUUCCGGUGUUACAAUGCUAAGAAUUUUGGGGGAGAGAACCAGGCACCUUGUUCAGAUAAAACUGUUGACUCGGUUAGCUUGUCGACGAAAGCUUGUCCCGGUGGCAUCUGUACAAAUAUCAGAUUUCCGACGUAAGAGAUGAGCUCCUGUAUCUGGAGCUUCGGAAGCUAAAGGCACAUUUCUACGCAGAUGCUGGGAUGGUGUUAAUUGGGAUAGCGCUGAUCACUUGUCUCAUGUCUCAUAUCCUGCUUCGAAAGCUUCUGAGGACAAGUAAGUCAGAUCAUUUUAAUCGUUUGAACAAUUCAGGAGACAUCCACGAGAUUUAUGUUGGCGCCACUAAUUACGAGCUGAAAACCACAUAGUGGACCAUGUCCGUCCACACAUCCAGUCAAGCUCCCGCAAUUGAUGUUCGAAGUAAUCUGGGACACGACCUCCUUUAAUGAUAAAUCCUUGUGGCCAACCGAUGGCUCUCAACCCUUCGUAUUUAGUAUGGGAGACAAGUAGAAACACCAUUCAUUGGACUUUCUUUGUCAUACUCGUCCCACUGACACAAUAUCUCAGUACCGGCUACGGUCAACAUGGGGAUUACAUCUUCGGCUGGAAAGAUAACGUGUUGCAGAAAGCCAUGGAAGUCGGUUGUUUUGGGGCUUCAUGUAGCGCAUUGAAGACACAAAGCUUUAGCGAUGCCAACAAAUGUGCUGUCCCAGACGAGGUCAAGGAACCUAUAGAUGGAUGUAAGUGACCGCGAAGGAUUUGUCGUGUGCGAAGAACUAAUGGUAUUAUCUUUCAGGGAUCAGUACCCUGCCUGGAAUGUCCAUGUAGAGUGAUGAGUGGUGGAUUUUUGAAGGGAGAGGGCGUGUAUCAUGAUGUGGUGUCUCUUUCGAUUGGCGAGUUUCUAUUAAUAUAACAAGGAGCGAAAAGAUAAUCAGAG